AAUUCCAUAUACCCUAUAUAUAUCCACACUAUAUAUAUCUCUCUCUCCAUAUUCACCACCUCAAACAAUUUCAUCUACUAUUCCUACAUCCCUUUUCAAUAAUAAUCUCGAAAAAAAAAAUAAAAAAAAUGUCCGGUGUUUGGGUGUUCAAAAACGGGGUGGUUCGACUAGUUGAGAACGCGGGGGAGUGCCAUAGCAAGAAAAUGCUGGUCCACGUUAACUCGAAGGAGGUGAUCACGUCGUAUUCUAUCCUCGAACGGAAACUAUCGGCCCUCGGAUGGGAGAGGUACUACGACGACCCGGAGCUUCUUCAGUUCCACAAGAGAUCAACGGUUCAUCUCAUUUCACUCCCUAGGGAUUUCAACAAGUUCAAAUCGAUCCACAUGUACGACAUCGUCGUCAAGAAUCGGAACGAGUUCGAAGUUAGGGAUACGCAGUGAUGCAUUUAUGAUUAUUUAUUUGGUUUAAUCAUAAGUGUUUGUUUGUGAUUGGUUGCAAUUAGGUUAUGUUAAGAGUGUGGUCUUGUGUGUAUUUUUAAUUUUUUUUGAUUUUUUUAAUUU